UGCUUCCUUUCCUGUUACCUUUGCCAAAUUCCUGUCCUUUUCAGAUUGGAAUUGCAGAACAUAAUCAUAGAAUUUUGUAACAUAUCUAGGCUUGGGAUGUGUGUUGCUGACCCUCCAUUUAGCUUAUUUGCCUGAACCAGGGAACUAGCUGUCUUUCAGGUUCUUUGAGCCUGUACUUUCAGGAAUCUGCACCUUCCUGGGAUGAAUAUUGAAAGGCCAGAGAGCAUCACUGAAGACUGCAAAAGAGGGAACGAGGAGUGGUGUCCUAUAUAAGGAAGACAUCUAGAGAACCUAGAGGGAAACAGAGGCAAAAGUCCCAGGGAUCUGCUUUUCCAGAAGUCUCUGCCAUCAACCGAGCACAUAUGAAGGUUUUUAAGUGCUUGGUAGUUUUUGAAUCAGCCUCCACCAGUGUAAUAACUGAAUUAUUACAUUUUAAUGUUUGAACACCCAUGAUAAGAGGAUUUCAAACCUCAAUGUGCACAUUUGUUUGUUCACUUAUAACUUUAAUGUUCAAGGAUUUCACAUCUUUUUCAUGACUUUAUUAGCUGUUUGACAAUGAAUGGAUGUGAUGGUUUCCUUUCAAUGGGUAUUUUCCAUGCUCAAGAAUGAAGGUUGCCAUUUAGUAGUUAUAUAGUUUUGUGCUUUAUUAAUAGAGUAGAAUGAGGACACUAUUGUUUUGCUUUAUUUGGGGCUAUUACCUUUACUUAAAUUAAUGAUUAAAGGGUAUGUGAGCAAUUAAUUGUAAUUUGCGUGCAAUCAUCAGGACAGUUUUCAAAACAAAUGAUUUUCAGGUUCCACAAAUAUAUUGACUGACACUAUUUGAUGUGGAACUAUGUGGAACUCUUUCUUGACAAAUGCAGAGAUUAGGAGAAGGGGAGACAGAAAUUAACAGCUGAACAAAUUUUAUAAAACAGAUGUCUUAUAACAACAGAAACACCAUCUGCUAUUCAAAUAACUAAACAUUCAAGACAAAUGCUUUUGUCCACUACUCACUUAUUUGUUGUUGUGUGUUUUGCUUCAAAGACAUCACUUUGAAUUUGAGUACCUGAUUUCCGUGUGUACAGGAAUGGAGGACACAGCUAAUUUGAAAACUCAGCAAGAUAUUCCUGAGAAUAGUCUGAAAAGUGGUGCGGAUGACUUACCGAUAGCUUCCAAACAAUAUGAAAAUGUAGAAGAACAAGAAGAAGAACUAGAAUUAGAAACAAUACCGGAUUUAGAACUGGAAAAUGCAAAUGUUUGUCAUAAGAAUGAAGACUAUCAAAAAUUGAAAGCUGCCCAGUCAUCCAACGUAGGAAAUGGUCCAGAAGAAAAUGAAAUAAUUCAAGUUUGGGCUGAAAAAUGUCCGCAUCUAGAGCUGAGGGAUUUUUGUCAUCUAGUCUCCAGAUCCAAGCCUGAAACACAGCAAUCUCAAACAGUUUGGGCUGAAAAAUGUCCACACCCAGAGCAGAGGGAUUAUUCUCAUCGAAUUUCCAAACCCAAGUCUGAAACACAGCAAUCUCAAGCAGUGUGGGCGGAAAAAUGUCCUCACUCAGAGCUGAGGGAUUAUUCACGUCCAAUCUCCAAACCUGAGUCUCUACCACACCAAUCUCAACCAGAUAUAAUAUUUUCAGAAGAACUAGAAGAAGAAAUAACAGAAUUUAAAGUGGAAAAUGAGAGAAGUUUUGAUAAGAGUGCAGAAAAUCAAGAAUUUAGUGUGUCUGACCCUAAUGGACCACAGAAAUCUUCCACAAAAGCUCCCAACUCAUCCAAUAUGGACAAUGAUGCAGAAAAGAAUGUAAUAAUGCAUCAGGAGAGAACAUCUGUCAUGGAAGACCAAGAACAUGCCUCAGAAGAGCAGAGGCAACACAGUGCUAGAAAAACUAAGCGGCCAUUUAGUGUGUCUGACCCCAAUGGACCACAGAAAUCUUCCACAAAAGCUCCUGACUCAUCCAAUAUAGACAAUGAUGCAGAAAAAAUUGUAGUGAUGCAUCAGGAGAGAACAUCCAUCAUGGAAGACCAAGAACAUGCCUCAGAAGAGCAGAGGCCGCACAGUGCUAGAAAAACUAAGCGGCCAUUUAUUGAUGCUAUAAGAGCAUGCUUUUGUGCAUGUUUCACCAAAAACCGGAUCUCUUCUUCCCACUACAAGAAAUAGAAGAGAAAACAUAAAAAAGUGAUGAACUUGGACAAGCCUACUACAAUUGCCUGACAACUUCUCCGACCAUCCACAAUAAGACAACUCAGGAGAAAAUCUGUCUCUUCUCCAAUAAUUGCUCUAAGAAAAAGCACAUUUUUAUUUUAUGUUUUAGAAUAAUAUAGUAUUAUAUUACAUAUUCUUCAGUGUUAUUUUCACCUGUUUAUUUUGUUUUAUUAUGUUAUACUAUAUUACACUAUUAUAUUAUCUUCAGUUUUUAUUUCCAUAUGUUUAUCUUGUUUUAAUAGAUUAUGUUAUAUUAUGUUAAUAUAUUAUGCUUUCUUCAGUGUUUAUUUUACAUUUACCUUCCUUCCCUUGAUGUAAAUAGUUCAUGUAUAUGUGUACAUAUGUAUAUAUGUAUAUAUGUUUAUAUGUAUAUAUGUUUAUGUGCUUUGUAAUAUAUUUUUAGAAGAUA